UGCAGGUCUUUUGAACCAAGUAUUUUGGCGCAUCGUGGAGAGAGCUUCUGUUCUUAUGCUCUCUUAUUUCCCAUCACCAUGCAGGCUGCCCUGAAAUGCUUCUUCUUUGCACUUCUAAAGACAGCUGCUUCUCUGGAGUGCGAAAUCUGUACUGCCAAGGGGACCAAUUGCACUGGCAGCAUGCGGACCUGUCCUGGGAACAAAGAAACCUGCCUCAUCACACUGACGGAAAGCACCAUAGAUGGAAAGGUGGUUCAGACCAUAGAGAGAAGCUGUGCUUCCACUUUUUGGUGCAACGCCCCACCACCUUACUUUGAUAUGGGGGGAGGAAGAACCUACAGGUCCAGUUGGGUCUGCUGCACCGGGAAGACCUGCAGACAAGUCACUCCUCAACUGCUACCGCUAAAGCCUAGAGCCAAUACAAUGCUGAACCCAUCCAAUUCCUCCUGCUCAGGCACUUACAGCACUGAGAUGGCGAAUUGUACCAAGGUGGAAACCAACGGCUUUGGCAGGGCCUCCAAUGAAACCCCCACGGAGAGGCUUUCGAACGGCUGCACUACGAGGUUUGUGUGUGCUUCGGAAAAUAGCAAACACUCUGAGUUUACGGUUGGCUAUGAUGUCGUUCAUAAGAUGGAGUCUUCCAAGGCGUCUCAACGCACUGCUGUCCUCCUGCCAAGCUUCUCUGGGCUCCUGCUGCGGAGAAUCCUGUUGUAAAAGUUGCCUGCAUCAACUCCCCCAUUGAAUUCUGCCUCCUCUUUCACCCAUGAACCACUUCCUCUGAAUGCACUUUGGCCUUUACUGCUUUCCUCAGUGAAAAUUAAUAUUGGGAUUAAAACAAAUGACAUGUUAAAUACAUGGCAGCUGUGUUUAUUUGUUAGGAAAAAAUUAGACCCUUGUGGCAGAAAGACAUUUUAUUUUAGGGCAGAGUUCCUCCAGUUCCUCACAACUGACAGUAGUGAAUCACAGAAUUGCAGAGUUGGAAGGGACCCUGAGGAUCAUCUAGUCCAACCCGCUGCAAUGCAGGAAUAGGCAGCUAUCCCAUAUGGGGUUCAAACCUGCAACCUUGGUGU